GAAAAUUACUACCACCAAGCUAAGCAUUUUCAACUCUUCCUCGAGAGUCGUACAAAGACAACAUAAACAGCCACCUGGUACAAAACACAACCUUUUGGACCCACAGCACUUGAUAGGUGUCACUCUCUCCUUCUGCAUGUCUACAGUCUCUCCACACACAGAGCCAACUACAUAUUAUAACAAACAUAAUACCACUCAAAAAUUCAAUCUCACAGCACAAAUUCUCAGCUCCUCUUGUUAUUUUCACUCAUUUUUCAAUCAAAGAUUUGAGUUUCUUGUUAUAUAUCAUGGGUGGGUUUAAUUUUGCAGUAUGUGUUAUGUUGAUGUUGUUGGUUAUAGUGGGGGCUAUUUCUUUUGAACCAAAAAUUGGUACAAGGAUAGGUAGGGCCCACCGCAGGUUGUGGGACCCGUUGAUAAGAUCUCCGGUCGAUCGUGAAGAUGAGGAGGCGGAGGAGGACGGUGGUCAUGGUGGAGUGCGGUGGGCGGUUCUUGUGGCUGGUUCAAGUGGUUAUGGAAAUUAUCGACAUCAGGCAGAUGUAUGUCAUGCUUACCAAAUCUUGAAAAGAGGAGGGUUGAAAGAUGAGAACAUAGUAGUAUUAAUGUACGACGACAUCGCCAAGAGUGAGUUGAAUCCGAGACCCGGAGUCAUAAUCAAUCAUCCGAACGGUAGUGAUGUCUAUGCCGGUGUGCCUAAGGAUUACACCGGUGAGCAUGUCACUGCUGCAAACUUGUAUGCCGUGCUUCUUGGUGAUAGAAGUGCUGUGAAAGGUGGAUCCGGAAAGGUCGUCAAUAGUAAACCAAAUGACAGAAUAUUUCUGUAUUACUCCGAUCAUGGAGGUCCAGGGGUGCUCGGGAUGCCCAACAUGCCUUACCUUUAUGGCAAGGAUUUGAUUGAGGUCUUGAAAAAGAAACAUGCCGCUGGGACCUACAAAGAGAUGGUCUUCUACAUUGAAGCUUGUGAGGCAGGUAGUGUCUUUGAGGGUAUAAUGCCUAAAGACUUGAACGUUUAUGUGACAACAGCAUCAAAUGCUGAAGAAAGCAGUUGGGGGACGUAUUGCCCAGGAAUGGAUCCUCCACCUCCAUCAGAAUAUCACACAUGUUUGGGAGACUUGUAUAGUGUUGCAUGGAUGGAAGACAGCGAGUCUCAUAACCUGAAGAAGGAAACAAUAAAGCAGCAGUACGAGAAGGUGAAAGAAAGAACUUCCAACUUCAACAACUAUGAUGCUGGGUCUCAUGUUAUGGAAUACGGAAGUAAAGAAAUUAAGCCCGAGAAAGUUUAUUUGUACCAAGGAUUUGACCCUGCCACCGUGAAUCUUCCUGCUAACAAGAUUGAUUUUGCAAGAUUGGAGGUGGUCAACCAGAGGGAUGCUGAUCUUCUCUUCUUGUGGGAAAGAUAUAAGAGGUUAGACGACAAUUCAUUCGAGAAGGCCAAGCUUCGAAAAGAGAUUACUGAGACGAUGCUGCAUAGGCAACACCUUGACGGGAGCAUAGAUGCAGUUGGAGUCUUUCUUUUCGGUCCAACAAAGGGUUCCUCCAUUCUCAACUCUGUCCGUAAACCCGGUCUACCUCUUGUCGAUGAUUGGGAAUGCCUAAAAUCAACGGUUCGCCUUUUCGAGGAACAUUGUGGUUCGCUGACACAAUAUGGUAUGAAACACAUGAGAGCAUUUGCGAACAUUUGCAACAAUGGAGUCUCAAGAGAUGCUAUGGAGGAAGCUUUUAUGGCUGCUUGCAAUGGGCAUAUUAUAGAGGAAUAUAGCGCUGCAAACCGAGGCUUUAGCGCUUGAUGACGACCCGGGUACUCUUGUUGUAGCAUACAAUACUGAACAAGAAUUGCUUAGCUACAGAAUCAGUAAACAAUAUGCUUGUAAGAUAAAAGUGUAAUAUCAGGUCACUAUAUGCUCUUCCUUUUGAGUUGUGCAUGUAUAUUAGUCUUCGAUGAUUGUCAUAUAAUAAUGUUCUGAUCGUUGUGUAUGUCAA